GUCGUCAAAACCCUCCGCUGCUCUCUUCGGCUUCUUCUACGUCCCUCACAAAAGCGAAGCUAAAAAUACAUGUCGAGAGCGAGAGCGAGAGCGAGAGCGAGCGCUUCUGCUUCUCGGCGCCGCCGAACCGUUCCCAUCUAGGGUUUCCCGUGAAGAGGGGAGUUGUGGCUACACUGUGUUAAAUAUGGCUCCGGCUGUGGAACGAAGAGAGCGAUCUCGGAGGUCGCCACCACCUGCUCGAUCUAAUUCCCUGGAGAGGGAGCGCCGCUCGCCACGUAGAAGAAGCUCCCCUCGAAGAGAAAGAUCGCCAAAUCACCGAAGGGAUAGAUCGCCGGUUAGAACUAGCUCGUCCCAUAGAGUGAGAUCACCCCCGGUCAAAGAGAAGCUUCCAGAACGGGCUAGGUCGCCCAAACACCACCGUCCAAGAUCGCCCGUGGGGAAUGGUGCUUCCUCUCGGUCGCCGUCCCCUCGCACCAAACGGUUGAAACGGGCUCAAUCUGAGAGAGAGGCGGAGCACCCUAGUAGGGAAGAGCGUGAGAAGGGGAAGAAUAGAGAGCGGGGCGAGAGUAGGGAUGGUUCAAGAGAUAGGAGAGAGGAUCGGGAAAAGAAUGAUGGUGGUGGGUUGGGGAGAUUGUCGAGGCGUGACCGUUCAAUCUCGCCAGAGGAGCAUGGCAGAAAGGCUAGGCACGGGUCUCGCUCGCCCCCUAGGACAUCCAAGGCUGGGGAACGUGACGAGGCAUCAAGGUCAAGAGACACUGUGGCAAAUCGGGUUGGUGAUAAUGAUUCUGUUACCAAGAUGAAUGCUGCUGCAGAAGCUCUGGAAGAAAAGGACAAGCACAAACCAUCAUUUGAGUUGUCAGGGAAGCUUGCAGAAGAGACUAACAGAGUUCGAGGUAUAACUUUACUAUUUACUGAACCUCCAGAGGCCCGCAAACCUGAGAUCAGAUGGCGGUUGUAUGUUUUCAAGGGUGGAGAAGUGCUUAAUGAGCCCCUCUAUGUACACCGCCAGAGCUGUUAUCUUUUUGGGAGAGAGAGAAGGAUUGCAGACAUUCCCACAGAUCAUCCUUCUUGCAGCAAGCAACAUGCAGUUCUUCAAUAUAGGCUUGUAGAAAAGGAGCAACUGGAUGGAUUGAUGUCAAAGCAAGUAAGGCCUUACCUGAUGGACCUUGAUAGUACAAAUGGAACUUUCAUUAAUGAUAAUCGCAUUGAACCUCGCCGUUAUUAUGAACUUUUCGAAAAAGAUACUGUUAAAUUUGGUAAUAGUAGCCGGGAGUAUGUGUUGCUGCAUGAGAACUCGGCGGGAUGAGUGGCGGUGUAGAAUCAAAAUUAGAGAUGCGAGGUAUCCAAUUUUCAAGAGAAGAUUGUUUAUGAAGAUACUCUUUGUAAUGCGCUUUGCCAAAAUUGGAAUUGUUUCGACUGCUCUGCUUUGCUUAUUUAUUGUGAGACAGAGAGAGCGGGACAUAAUUGACGAGGAAACAAGUUCUUGUAUGGAUGUAGUGUGGAAGGCUAACUUGUCGCGCUGUAUUUUGAUCCUGGAUGUAGGAAAAUGUGCUUCAUAAUCUCAUGUUCCUUGUUGUCUCUCUAAUGUCUCUGUAGAAGGCUAAUUAACACUUGAAUUGGCCAAAUUUUCAUUGAAGUUCCAAUGGUUAGUUUGAAUUGUUACCAGUGUGGAUUGUUUCAA